UCAAACAGGCAACCUGCUAAAUUAAAUCUGCUUACAUGCCAAGUGAAACCAAACGCCGAAGACAAGAAAUCAUUUGACCUGAUAACACAUAACAGAACAUACCACUUUCAGGCAGAAGAUGAGCAAGAUUAUGUCGCGUGGAUAUCAGUGCUGACCAACAGCAAAGAAGAAGCUUUAAAUAUGGCCUUCCGUGGAGAACAGAGCACAGGGGAGAACAGUCUAGAAGAUCUUACAAAAGCCAUCAUCGAUGACGUUCAGAGAUUAAGUGGAAAUGAUGUCUGUUGUGACUGCGGAUCACCAGGUACUUGGGUGUACAUUAACAAUGAGUUGCUUAGGAAGUGUGUUUUUUUUGUUGCAAGAUCCAGUCUGGGUCACCAGGACCAGAGGUUUAGUCUUCCGAGCUUUUGGGCUCAUGCUGGAGUCCACCUUCAGGGAACUUCUGUCCCUGCGGAAUGUGUCCUUUGGCUGGCCAAGAAUAUAGGGAAUAAUAGUUUUAAUGACAUUAUGGAGGGAAACUUACCGACUCCGUCUCCAAAACCCACGCCAUCAAGCGAUAUGACUGCCCGCAAAGAAUUCAUUACUGCUAAAUAUGUUGAUCAUAAGUACUCCAGAAAGACCUGCGCGUCGGCGGCAGCUAAGCUGAAUGAACUACUAGAGGCUGUUCGAUCCAGGGAUUUACUUGCACUACUUCAAGUUUAUGCAGAAGGAGUCGAGCUAAUGGAACCACUCUUAGAGCCUGGACAGGAGCCAGGUGAAACUGCUCUUCAUUUUGCAGUCCGGACUGCUGAUCACACCACACUCCAUCUGAUCGACUUCCUUGUACAAAACUGUGGAAACCUGGAUAAGCAAACAGUGUUGGGGAAUACAGCUCUACAUUAUUGCAGUAUAUAUAACAAGCCAGAGUGCUUGAAGUUGGUUCUGAAGGGGAAGCCAACUUUGCAUAUAGUAAAUCAAGCUGGCGAAACUGCCCUGGACACGGCGAAGAGACAGAAAGCUAUCCAGUGUGAAGAUUUGCUUUCCCAGGCCAAAGUGGGGAAACUAAAUCCGCACGUUCACGUCGAAUACGAGUGGAAUCUUCGGCAGGAAGAAAUGGAUGAAAGUGACGAUGACCUCGAUGACAAGCCUAGUCCGAUUAAGAAAGAGCGUUCUCCGAGACCACAGAGUUUUUGUCAUUCUUCCAGUAUUUCCCCUCAAGACAAAAUGGCUAUUCCGGGUCUUAGCACUCCACGAGAGAAACAGAGGCUCUCCUACGGUGCCUUCCCACAUCAGAUUUUUGUCUCUGGCAGCAUCGACUCUGCCACUUCACCAACAACUGUGGAUGGGCCCCCGCUUCCUCCAAGAAAUGCUGGAAAAGGUCCAACAUGCCCUCCUUCAACUCUCCCAUUAAGCACUCCAGCCUCUAGUGGCAGCUCUACCCUGUCUAAGAAGAAGCCCCCUCCCCCACCCCCUGGACACAAAAGAACCCUAUCAGACCCACCCAGCCCACAACCACAUGGGCCCCAGAAUAAGGUCCAAAUGUCUUGGGGUAAUGAUCUGGGCCCACCAGCCACCAAAACGGCAAACAAAUUUGAAGGGAUGUCUCAACAGGCAAGCACCGGGUCUGCUAAGAGUGCCCUGGGCCCAAGAGUGCUUCCUAAACUACCUCAGAAAGUGGCAUUACGAAAAAUAGAAACGAUUCACCUUCCUUCAGUAGACAAAUCCAGCCACCACUCUGAAAUCUUUCAAAAGUCGGCCUCUCUUUGCAUUGAUCUGCCCCAGAAGCCCCAACCUGCAGAUUUAGCCCCCAAACCAGGGGAAUUACCCCCCAAACCCCAACUGGGGGACCUGCCCCCCAAACCCCAGCUAGCCGACUUACCUCCGAAACCCCAAAUGAAGGACCUCCCUCCAAAGCCACAACUAGGAGAAACUUUGGCAAAAUCUCCUGGUGGGGAACAAUCCCCCAGAUCUCAGCCUCCCGAGGCCAAUCAAAAAUCGCCCAAUAUGGAUCUUUCCCCAAAGAUACAAUCGAAAGAGAUGGUCCAGAAACAAGCAUCUGAAGACUCUGGAGAUACGACCCCAGGGUCAGCUGAAACCCCUGUGCCACUUCCGAGAAAAAUAAACGUGGCAAGGAAUAAAGUCAGGAGGGUGAAGACAAUCUACGAUUGCCAAGCAGAUAACGACGAUGAGCUUACGUUUGUGGAAGGUGAAAUUAUUAUUGUAACAGGAGAGGAGGAUCAGGAGUGGUGGAUCGGCCACAUUGAAGGAAAGCCGGAACGGAAAGGCGUCUUCCCCGUCUCCUUCGUCCACAUUUUAUCAGACUAACUCCAGCCGGAAACCUUUUGAGUAUUGCACAUCAUUCCUGCGAGUCAGGCUUUAAAGCACGAAGCGAGACAGCUGCUGCAUCCCUGUAAUUCUGUGCAUAAUUGUGGAUAUCGAUGUAUAUAUAUAUAAAACUGCUGUUAACCAGGCGAGAAGUCGGUCCUGCUCAUACGAAGGGCUUGUCAUACCUGUAAUUGUAUAUAGAAGGCGUUCCUUUGCCAUUGCCAGUAUUAUGGUCAUUGUCGGAGCUGGCAUGCCUUAUUGGGUUGCUCAAGCCAUCCUUGGCAUCAAGCACUUAAGAAAACAAAAAAAUCCGUCUGUGUGUAUGAACUGCCAGCUUUCUAAAUAAACUGUUAGUCCGAUUCACUCCCGUUCAGCUGUACAGAAUUUACCAUCCUUAAUAAUACAUCAGUAUUCUCGGAAGUAGCUAGCUAGCACCGUUUCCUUUUUUUCCCCAAAGGAACGGCCGAUGUCCGUCGCCGGCUACCCCACAUGCACCGUGGACAGCUUGUGAAAUCCCCCUUCCUUGGUAUUCAUUUAGAAAUAUAUAUGUGUGUGUGUGUAUGUGUGUGUGUGUGUCCGAUGUAUCCAUCCAACAGAAAUAGGCACUAAUGCUACAGGUAAAACCGGUAGGGUUUUUUUUAACGGUGCGUAGGCCACCUGUUCAUGUUUGUAUUCUGUAACUUUGGUCUUUGACCUCACCGGGCUCCAUCUCAAAGUCUCCCAAUAAAAACGAUUCCCUUCUCGCAAAGGAAACCACGCAAGAUUCCUGGCGGAAGGAUUUCUUUCGGGGGGGGGGGGGUGUCUUGUUACAAAGUACAUUCCUGCGUGCAUGGCUGCUGCUUCGUAUCUCUGCUUAUCGUCUCCGUUCAGGCGGGAACUUAAAACAUUUAUCAGCUGUUGUCUUUUGGCUUCAAGCAGGGCAGUUUCGGGGGGCAAUGAUCUCUUUACCACUCAGAUCGAAAUAUCUGCCGGUCUGCUGGAUAACUAACAUAUUAUUUGGACUAUAAGACACACCGGAGUAUAAGACGCAACAAGAUUUUAAAGAGGUAAAUUUGAAGAAAAAAAAAAUUGCACUCCCGAACCCUCUGUACAUCCACUUUUGCAAAGGGGGCGGGGUUUCAGAAGGCCAAAAAUGCUGUAUUCA